AUGUGGCUACAUGCACGAGUUGGAGAAGGUCGACAGCCGCAGCAGGGAGCAGCACUUAAAGGAUCUUGAUGCGGUCUUCACGCUGCUGCACAAAAAUCGGCUCAUCACGAAAGGGUCUGAGUGCGAUUUCCUUAAGCAAGAGUUGGAGUUUUUGGGGCACGUCGUCUCCACCGAAGGCGUGAAAAUCGACCCCAGGAAAAUCAAGACCAUACAGGAAUGGAAGCCGCCGACCAACCUCAAGGAACUCCAAAGUUUUCUGGGUUUUGUCAACUACGUCCGCCGCUUUAUCCCCAAUAUGGCAGGGUUAUCUGCACCACUAACGGACCGAUUGAAGGAUCGCGAUUGUUUUUGGUGGGGUGAGAAGCAGCAAGCUGCAUUCGACCAACUCAAAAUCGCCCUCACGUCCCCGCCCGUACUUCGCAUCUCCGAUCCCAACCGUCCAUACGAAGUCGUCACCGACGCCAGCGACAUCGCCAUCGGUGCAGUUCUACUACAGGAUUUCGGCGACGGGUUACAACCGGUCGCCUACGAAUCACGGAAGCUGCAAGGCGCGGAGAAAAACUAUACAGUGCACGACAAGGAGAUGCUGGCGAUCGUCCACGCGUUUAAGACCUGGCGGUGCUACCUGACCGGAGCUGACGUCACGGUGCGGACGGACCACAAAUCCUUACAGUACCUGCGCGCCCAACCGAAUCUCAACCCACGACAGAUUCGAUGGCUCGAUUUCCUCGAGUCCAACUUCCACUACACCAUCACCUACAAACGAGGUGCCAAUAAUAUCGCCGAUGCCUUGACCCGCCCUACAGUCCAUACCGCCGCGAUACUAAUCGCCCAGACCAACCCAUUACUUACGGGACUAUUCACCCACAGCUACAAGAUUGAUCCCUUUUUCCGCUCAGCCAUCCAUCAACAGCAUACCACAGCCACCGGGCCAUAUUUUUAUAAGCAUGGCACUUCUCGCAUUUGGGAGGGGGGGAUAGUGUAAGGAAUUUCCAUUCCUUACUG